AUGGUCGCUCCGCUGUAUACGACUGCCUCGGGGCUGCUUUUCCAUGCGGGAAAGAUACUCGUAUUGACCGUCGGUCUUCCUGCGAGAGGAAAGACACACAUUUCUCGAGCUCUAGAACGCUAUCUGCGCUGGACUGGUGUAAAGACCCAGGUUAUAUCCUUGGGUGACUAUCGCCGCAAAGUACUCGGUGGAACGCGAAACCUUCCCCCGGACUACUUCACGCUUGGAGAGAAGAGCCCUGAGACCAUGGCUUUGCGCCAGAAGAUCUCUGACGGAUGCGAGCAGCUCAUCAUGGACUUCUUCAACGAACAAGGUCAGGUUGUCAUCUACGACGCAAACAACGGAACAAAGGAACGCCGCCAGCGUAUAGCGGACAAGUUCAUCAAGCACGGAAUCCAUGUCAUUCUUCUAGAGUCGCUAUGUGAUGACAAGGAACUGAUCAUGGCGAACAUCCGCAGUGUCAAGAUAUCUUCUCCGGACUAUCGCAACUGGGACCCAGAGAAAGCGGUAGAAGAUUAUUACAGCCGCAUACGCGACCACGAAGUGCAUUAUGAACCUGUAGAAGAGACCGCGUAUCCGUUCAUUCGGAUUAAGAAUGUCGGCGAGCACAUCAUGGUGAACGACAUCCGUGGAUAUCUGCAAUCAAGAAUUGUGUUUUUCCUCAUGAACAUUCACAAUACUCACAGGACCAUCUACUUCGCGAGAGUUGCAGAUUCAGACCUGUCUCAGGCAGGGUGGGAGUAUGGAGAACGCCUUAAGGAAUUUGUGCUUGAACGACGAGCAAAAUCUAUGAAGGAACGCGGCAUCGACCCCACCGACCGCAGACUUGUGAUAUGGACUUCCGCCCGUCGGCGAUCCCACCACUCAGCGUGGCCCUUCCUGACUGUGGGCCCAAAUGACCCUGCACCGCCCGCAAAGGUGAAGGUCAUUGAGCGACCGCAGAUGUCUGAGAUCAAUCCCGGCGUGUGGGACGGUCUUACGCCGGACGAGGUGCGAAAGUACUACCCCGACGAGUGGGAGCGCUUUGUACACGACCCGUACGCCUAUCGUGCGCCACGCGCGGAGAGUUAUCACGACCUUUGUGUACGCCUCGAGCCCACGCUGAUCGAAUUAGAGAGGCAGAAAGAGGACCUGCUCAUCAUCGGACACGCAUCCGUCAUUCGAUGCAUCCUCGCGUACCUCAUCGGGUUGCCUGCGUCCGAGAUCCCAGCGAUCGAGAUCGCGCGUGGGGACCUGAUCGAGGUUGUGCCUACGUCGUAUGGGGUAUAUAGUCAGGCAUACCAUUUCUGGGAUGGUCCCGGGCGUAGCGACACGAAUGGCACAGGGACAGACGACGGAAACUUCUAUGAGAACUACGCGGAGGACACGAAGGGCAAGCGGAGGCCAGAGGUGGACGUGGAGCAAGCGGUUUGA